ACACUUGCUUCCAAAUUACGGAUCUGGGUACAAGUCCAUUUGUUGAAAUGACAUCCUGCUGCAAGUUUUGGUUGACUGCACUGUGUUCACCUGUGUGGGAAAGGAAGGAUGCACGAGUGUUGAGUGGUCAGUGCCUCGCAGCCGCUUCUCUACAGUUGUUAGCUUCUGCUCUGAGCGUCGAUUUACUCCGAUGGCAGCUACUGUGAAAGUCACAGUGGAAACCCCGUCGGAUGUCGUGGCGGAUGAGCAGUUGGGCAUUGAGAACACGAAGCCAACUCCAGGACAGUGCGUGAAGGUCAAUGAGGUGUGCCUUCCCACGGCGGACAUCGAGAAGUUCGUCAACGAAUAUCAGGCACUCAAGAACCAGCUUAAGCCCGAAGAGAAGCCCAAAUCUGGGAAAGAAGAGUUGCUCCGCGCGCUUUUAGCUGAAGCAAUUGGGACAGGUAUGAUCGUAAUUUUUGGCUGUGGCUCUGUCUGCGCGUCUUUGUCAGGGGCGUAUCAAGGAGUCUGGCAGGUGGCGGCAGUCUGGGGCUUGGGUGUCUCCUUGGCCAUCUACGCCACUGCCGGGGCCAGUGGUGCGCACUUGAACCCCGCCAUCACCUUGGCCUUUCAGCUGGUGAGGCCGAAGGCUCAUGGCAUGACCUGGUUGAAGUCGGCGCAAUACGUCCUGGCGCAGAUGUUGGGCGCCAUGUUGGCAGGCGCCCUGAACUUGCUGAUCUACAGUGGCACGAUCGCAGCCUUCGAGCGCGAGCAGGGCAUCGUCCGCGGCGAGCCGCGCUCCAUUUUGUCUGCUUCGGCCUUUGGGGAGUAUUUCCCCAACCCAGGACUCAGCAAGGAAUAUGGCAGCGGGCCACACGCACAGGAGGAUGUGUCGGUGGUACACGCUCUCUUCACCGAAGCCUGGGGGACCUUCAUUUUGGCCUUCGUGAUCUUCGGCAUCACCAACAGCAGCAACAAGGUCUUGGGCAGCAUGGAGCGAGUGGGAGUGCCUUUCACCAUUGGCAUGACGGUGGCUGUGCUGCUUCCCCUCUAUGCGCCAAUCACCCAGGCAGGCUGGAACCCCGCGCGCGACUUUGGGCCCCGCAUCAUUGCCGCCCUCGGCGGGUGGGGCUCGGUGGCCAUUCCCGGGCCACGCAAUGGCUUUUGGAUCUACAUCGUGGGCCCCUGCCUCGGUGCGCCCUUUGGAGCGGCCUUGGCCGAGAAGGUCUUAUGGCGUUGAAGCUGUAGAGAUGCGGACGGGAUUAGAGGAGUCGAUGGGUCCGGGCGGAUGGAGCACCAGCAGUGCUGCUUGUUGACUCCGUGAAAAGGAACAGCAGCCGAUGCUUUUCAGAAGCUGGUCCGGUCUUGUUUUGUAUAGGCCUCGCUCUGGAGGAGCGAGGUAGUUUUUCGUCCCAAGCAGCUUGGGUUGUGGCUCUGCUCUGCCGAAGGUAGCAGCAUGGCAGCAUGAAGAAGUGCAAAGGAAAGCAAUGUGAGAUGAUAA